CACCAACAUGAGGACCCAAUGACGCCGAGAGCUCCAAGAGCCGAAAUGCUCGACAUCAUCGCCUCACGUUAGUGUAUGCUGUGCAAUUUGCGCAGGCCGUCGCCGUGGUACUUUCGCCAGGUACAAAGGCACCACAAUGGCCGAUCAUUCAACAGCAUCGUCUCUGAGCUCCGACUUUGAACGUUUCAACCACCGGCAAAGAUGAGGUCCAUAAACAGCCUUUCAUGGCUGUCUGUUCUGGCAUCCCUUACUACUUCCAUCCCUGCCAUCAACGCUCAAAACAACUCGGUCGGGCAAUGGCCGCUGCACGACAACGGCUUGAAUGACGUUGUCCAGUGGGAUCACUACAGCUUCAAGGUCAACGGCAAGAGGCUGUUCGUCUUCUCCGGAGAGAUUCACUACUGGCGUAUCCCUGUGCCCGAGAUCUGGGAGGAUCUUCUCGAGAAGAUCAAGGCCGCUGGUUUUACCGCGUUCGCGUUCUACGGUAACUGGGGUUACCACAGCGCGAACAACCAGACUGUCGACUUCGACAGCCCCGCCCAUGACUUCACCAAGCUCUACGAAAUCGCUGAACGAGUCGGACUUUACGUUAUUACACGACCUGGGCCUUACGUCAAUGCCGAGGCGAACGCCGGCGGAUUUCCUCUCUGGUUGACGACUGGAGCGUACGGAAAGCUUCGUGAUGACGACCCACGUUACCUGUCGGCUCUGGAGCCUUACUUCUCUGAAUUCGCGAAGCGCGCCUCCGAGCACGACGUGACUAAGGGUGGUUCUAACCUGGUAUUCCAACUGGAGAACGAAUAUGGCCAACAAUGGAAGGACAGGACCAAGAGAAUUCCUGAUCUUCCUUCCGCUCGCUACAUGGAUAGUCUGCAGAAGAUGGCCCGCGCCAACGGUGUUGACAUCCCUGUCAUCCAUAACGACCCCAACAUGAACACCAAGAGUUGGUCGAAAGACUACGCUCCCGGUCUUCUCGGCAACGUUGAUGUUGCUGGACUUGACAGCUACCCAUCUUGCUGGUCUUGCAACUUGGACGAAUGCACUGGUACCAACGGCGAAUACGUCGCUUACCAGACUAUCAACUACUACGACUUCUUUACUGAGUUCUCGCCGACACAGCCCAGCUUCUUCCCCGAGUUCCAGGGUGGUAGCUACAACCCCUGGGGUGGGCCCGAGGGUGGCUGCCCCGGUGACAUUGGCGCCGACUUUGCGAACAUUUUCUACCGUAACCUGAUUGCGCAGCGUUCUACUGCACUUUCACUUUACAUGAUGUACGGUGGUACAAACUGGGGUGCAUUGGCCUGCCCUGUUGUUGCCACAUCCUACGAUUACAGCUCGCCCAUCAGCGAGAACCGUAAGAUCGACAGCAAGUUCUACGAGACCAAGAACUUGGCCUUGUUCACCCGUAUCGCCGAGGACUUGACUGUCACAGACCGCGUCGCUGCCUCAACCAAAUACUCCACCAACUCCGCUAUCUCGGCUAGCGAGCUUCGUAACCCCGAGACGAAGAGUGCCUUCUAUGUCACUGUUCACGACUACUCGCCAUCCGGCACCAAGGAGGAAUUUAAGCUCCACGUUAGCACCUCCAUUGGUGACCUGACCAUUCCUCAGACUGGCUCCAUCGUUCUUAAUGGUCAUCAAUCCAAGAUCCUUGUGACAGACUUUGCCAUUGGCAACAACACCAUUACCUACUCAACUGCCGAAGUUCUUACAUACUCUAUUGUCGAUGGCAAGCCUGUCGUAGUUCUCUGGACUGGUGCUGGUGAAUCUGCUGAAUUCCACAUCAAGGGUGCGAAGAAGGGCUCUGCUGCCCAGAACGGAAAGGCCGCAAACGCCACCAUCAAGGCCGACAGCUUUGGUGUCUUGGUCAACGUUCCCGCAGUCAGCGGCCAGAGCGUCUACGAGUUCAACAACGGCGUCAGGGUCAUUGUUGUCGAUAAGCCUACUGGCUACCUCUACUGGGCGCCUAACCUGUCCAAGGACCCCUUUGCUCCUGUCGACCAGUCUAUCAUUGUUGGAGGCCCUUACCUUGUCCGUCACGUCGCCAACGAGAACGGUGUCUUGGCUCUGAAGGGUGACAUCAUGAAGUCCACUGACAUUGAAGUCUUCGCUUCCAAGGAUUUCAAGAAGCUUUCCUGGAACGGUCAGGAGCUGAAGACUCACCGCACUGCUCACAACAGUCUGAAGGCCAGCGUCAAGGCCUUCAGCGGUUCCAUCAAGCUCCCGGAUCUGUCCAGCUGGAAGGUCGCCGACGGUCUUCCUGAGAAGCAACCCAGCUACGACGACUCCGGUGCCGCUUGGGUCGAAGCUAACCACGUCACCACUCCUAACCCGACUAAGCCUGCUACUCUCCCUGUCCUCUACGUUGAUGAGUACGGUUUCCACAACAGCUUCCACCUGUUCCGUGGAUACUUCAACGGCCCCGCUACCGGUGUCAACCUUGCUCUCUCUGGUGGUCUUGCUUUCGGUUGGACCGCGUGGCUCAACGGCGAGUUCAUCGGCUCGUGGUACGGUAACACGACUGCCGGCCAAGGCAACCAGACUCUCUCGUUCAACAACGCCACGUUGAACGCCAAUGGUACCAACGUUCUGCUCGUUGCCCAAGAUAACUCCGGUCACGAUCUCCGCGGCGGAGCUACCGACCCCCGCGGUAUCCUCGGUGCCAGCCUCGUUGGUGGCGGCAACUUCACCAAGUGGAAGAUUGCAGGUGAGGCUGGUGGCGAGAACAUCCAGCUCGACCCCGUCCGUGGUCCUCUGGCCGAGGGCGGUCUUGUCGCCGAGCGUCUCGGCUGGCACCUUCCCGGCUUCGAUGACUCGAAGUGGAACACCAGCUCGCCAUCCACCGGCUUCAGCGGUGCGACCAUCAACUUCUACCGCACCGUGGUCCCGCUUGAUGUCCCCGCCAAUGUUGAUGCUUCCUUUGCUUUCGUCCUCAACGCCCCGGCUUCCAAGCAGGUCCGUGUUCAUCUGUUCGUCAACGGUUACCAGUACGGUCGCUUCAACCCGUGGGUCGGCAACGAGAUCAAGUUCCCUGUCCCCGCUGGCGUGCUCAACUACGGUGGUGACAACGUCAUUGGCCUGUCUGUGUGGUCGCAGUCCGGCGACGGUGCUAAGAUCGACAUCAAGAUGGUCCAGGAGUACGCUGUGGAGAGCAGCUGGCAGUCGAGGUUCGAUUCUGAGUACCUCAGGCCUGGGUGGACUGAGAAGAGGCUGGCUUACGCUUAAGCGUGAUUAUCUGGCUGUGUAAAUAUAAUAUGAGCCAUAUGAAUAAUGUAUGUGAU